AUGGCUGGAUUGUGGCAGCAGCUCUGCUCUCCAUGGCAGAUUCAAGCCUUGUUCCUCAUCCACCUUCUUUGCCUUCUACCUUCAAACUCAGGCGCUCUUCACUCAGAGACUAAAACAAGCUCAUGCCCUCUGGAGGGGUUUACCGUGGUAAAAGGGAGCUACUCUCAGACCUUUCUUCGCGUUGGCUACCACAAGAUUGCAGAGAUUCCUGCAGGAGCGUGUAACCUCAGCAUCCAGGAGACGAGGAAGAGUAGAAACUAUCUGGCUCUGCAGAGUAAAAGUGGCAUCUCCAUCAUAAAUGGAAACUGGGUGAUUGACAGGCCUGGCACCUACAUUGCUCUGGGAACACAGCUGAUAUAUCGACGGCCGAAUGAGAUUCGCUCAAGAAAUGGCGAGUCCAUCACUGUUCAGGGGCCGCUGGCUGAGGACGUCCAUCUUUAUUUGAUCUACCAACAACCAAGUCCAAGUGUGAACUAUAGGUACAAUGUACCUUUAAAAACGCACCCCACAGCUAAUCCAGAGGCGCCUUCUGAUAUUCUGCUGCUGGCUGAGGCUGUGGGUCCUUCCCAAUUAGAUGUUCGGGUGGAUGGAGAUGAUGUGAGCAACAACCACAUCAUCAAGGAGACAUCCCUGACCAAACAGGCUUCCUCUGAUCCCAGUGUUCACUCUGACCCUCAGAGCUCCUACAUUUGGGCGAGGAUUGGGCACACAGAGUGCAGCACGACCUGCGGCACUGGAAAGUACCAUGCCCUGUGGAAGUGCGUUGACCGGGAGUCGAAGAUGACUGUCCCCGCAGAUCUUUGUGACCCUGCCACUGGGCCCACAAACCGGCAAGAGGACUGCCACAAACAGCCCUGUCCUGUAUACUGGGAUGUCGGGGAGUGGUCAGCGUGCACCAGGAGGUGCGGACCUGGCACUCAGCAGCGUCAGGUCAUCUGUCGCCAGGUGACCCGCGUUGACCUGGACGGAACGGAGACUUCGGCCCUCGUGGCGGCGGAUCAGUGCCAUCGGUCCGAGAGGCCGGUGACCAAGGCCACGUGCCAGCUGAAGAUAUGCAGUCAGUGGGAGAUACGCUCUGAGUGGGGUCCCUGCUCAGUGCCGUGUGGUGUCGGUCAGCGCAGCAGAGAGGUGGUGUGUUUGAGCAACCAGGGCGACGUCGACGACGACGAGGAGUGCAACAUGAACCUGAAGCCCGACGAUCUGCAGAACUGUGACAUGGGAGCGUGCGCUCGCAGCUGGUUCGCGUCUCUCUGGAGCCAGCGGUGCUCCGCAGAGUGCGGCAGAGGCAACCGAACCAGGUCAGCGGUGUGCCUGGCUGACCACGCGACUGACCUGCCGCUGGAUGGCUGCGAGGGGAAGCGCCCCUCAGAAGUGACGUCAUGUGACUCGGGCCCCUGUCAAAACAAGCUUGAGUGGUACACGGGACCAUGGGGACAGUGUUCUGCAGAGUGUGGGAACGGCACGCAGACCCGGAGCCUGGCCUGCAUUCUCACCCACCAUGGCCGAAAGGAAGUCGUGGACCAGUUGAGAUGUUCCGGCCUGUCAGAGCCGGCCACAGCUCAGCUCUGCAGACUGAAACCUUGUGGCGUCCAGUGGUACGUCACAGAGUGGAGCGUGUGCUCCCGCUCCUGUGAUGGCGGUUACCGGGUCCGCGAAGUGCGUUGCCUCGCCGACAACAUCACCCCGAGCGACCGCUGUGACCCCAGCUCCGUCCCAGCGAGCCAAGAGGAAUGCAACAAACAGCCCUGUGGAGUGGAAAUCAAUCCAUCAUGCAGUGACCAGUACCACAACUGCAUGGUGGUGGUUCAAGCCCGCCUCUGCAUAUACCCCUAUUACAGAGGCGUCUGCUGUGCCUCCUGCACUCGUGCCCAGAAAACAAAUCCCAGUCCGUUUAAAACCAACCACAUCCGCAGGUGAUGCUGCCCCAAGUUUGGUCAAUUUAGGGGGACACAGCACUGUCACGGCCAGGUGAUUUCAUGGGAAAAGCAUGAAGCCUUUGGUUUUGAUUUCUCAUCCUGAAAACUGCUCUAUAAGUUAUGAUCUGAUUUCAAGCCAACAAAAGACAGACAAAUAAAAUAAAAUAUAUAUAUAUAUCACGUGCAACCAAACAUAAGCACGUUUGACCACUAAUAACUCUCCAUUUCCUUUUUAAGGAAACACAGCUUCCAACAAUCAUGGUAAACUGGUAUUUGGCUUAUAUUUGUUGUAUUAUGAUGUGACAGAAAAUAUGUAC